CACACCCACCAAAUGUGCCGCCACCUGUCAAAACUUUGGAUGGCCCUAUUUUCAGGAUCUACCAUGGUGAUGGGCUCAUAGUAAGCAAAUUCUCCACAAAUGCUGGCCUUUCCGUGAUGGUCUCACUCUACAGGGGCCUGUGCUUCAUCUAAACUUCAAAAUACUACUGAUAAAUAUCUACAGCCAGCGACUAUCUGGGGGAGUGAAAUACAUCUGGGCGCAGAGGUAGUUCUGGUUAAAAGUCAUGACCUGAGGAUUUAAGAAGUUCUUCAAGACAAUGUUGAUUAUGAUCCAAGAGAAAAUGUGAUUUGAGCCUGGAGAAAACUGUGCAUGAUGGAGAAAAAGUGUAUGCUGUAUUUUCUGUUUCUCCUGAUUUUUUUUAUGAUUCCUGUCAUAGCAGAAUCAGAAGAGAGCCAAGAUAAACAAAAUGCGUUGGGUGUUACUAGAAAUAAAAUUAUGACGGCUCAAUAUGAAUGUUACCAGAAAAUUAUGCAAGAAUCCAUUCAACAAACAGAAGGCGUUCACUGCAAUAGAACCUGGGAUGGAUGGCUGUGCUGGAAUGAUGUCGCAGCGGGAACGGAAUCAAUACAGCACUGCCCUGAUUACUUUCAAGACUUUGAUCCUUCAGAAAAAGUUACAAAGAUCUGUGACCAAGAUGGAAAUUGGUUUAGACAUCCAGAAAGCAAUAGAACAUGGACAAAUUAUACCCAGUGUAAUAUUAACACACACGAGAGAGUGAAGACUGCACUGAAUUUGUUCUACCUGACUAUAAUUGGACAUGGAUUAUCUAUUGCAUCACUGCUUAUCUCACUUGGCAUAUUCUUUUAUUUCAAGAGCCUAAGUUGCCAAAGGAUUACUUUGCACAAAAAUCUGUUCUUCUCCUUCAUUUGUAAUUCUAUCAUAACAAUAAUUCAUCUCACUGCUGUGGCCAACAACCAGGCCUUAGUGGCCACAAACCCUAUUGGUUGUAAAGUGUCCCAGUUCAUUCACCUUUACCUGAUGGGCUGUAACUACUUUUGGAUGCUUUGUGAGGGUGUUUACUUACACACCCUCAUCGUGGUGGCCGUGUUUGCAGAGAAGCAACACUUAAUGUGGUAUUAUUUACUUGGCUGGGGAUUUCCACUGAUUCCUGCUUGUAUACAUGCCAUAGCCAGAAGCUUAUAUUACAAUGACAACUGCUGGAUCAGCUCCGAUACCCAUCUCCUCUACAUCAUCCACGGCCCAAUCUGUGCUGCUUUACUGGUGAACCUCUUCUUCCUCUUAAAUAUUGUCCGUGUCCUCAUCACUAAGCUCAAAGUGACCCACCAGGCGGAAUCCUACCUGUACAUGAAGGCGGUGCGGGCCACGCUGAUCCUGGUGCCGCUGCUGGGCAUCGAGUUCGUGCUGCUCCCCUGGCGGCCCGAGGGCCGGGUGGCGGAGGAGGUGUACGACUACAUCAUGCACAUCCUGAUGCACUACCAGGGUCUUUUGGUCUCUACAAUUUUCUGCUUCUUUAACGGAGAGGUUCAAGCAAUUCUAAGAAGAAACUGGAAGCAAUAUAGAACUCAGUUUGGAAACGGCUUUUCCCACUCAGAUGCUCUUCGUAGUGCAUCUUACACAGUGUCCUCCGUCAGUGAUGGUACAGGUUACAGUAAUGACUAUCCAAGUGAACACUUAAAUGGAAAAAGCACCCAUGAUAUUGAAAAUGUUGUUUUAAAACCAGAAAAGUUUAGUGAUUAUAUUUUAUAAUAGAGGCAACAUUGUUUGACUAUAUUGUUCCACUCUUAACUUGAGGACUUUGAUCCAUGAUUUUAUAAGCAGAAGAAUUCAAUAUUAAGUGAAUUUCUUGAUUGCCGCAAAGAGUCCCUCACAUGAAUUCAGUAGUUUGUUGAUCAAUGUUUAACAACUAGCUUUAUGGGGGGGAGAUGCUCUGAUUUGUAAUGUGUGCCAGUUUCUAUGGUGUAAAUAGUCCUACCAUGGCUGAUUUCAAGCUACAAGUUUGACACCACUGAAUGUGGAAUUAAAAAAAGGUGACCGCAAUCAAUUCUUGUGGUUGGAAUCAACCAGUUCUAGCACACUGCAUGCAUUAAAAAAUGAAUGAGACUGUAAAAGUUCAUAUACACAUUCAGCAUAAGUCUACUCUUGUUGCCUAAAGAGACCUAGUUAAAGCCUAUAGGAAUGGAUGCAAAAUUAACUUUUCAUUUGUUUAUUUAAAAACUUUAUCACAUAUUCAUAGGUGAAGUUGAUUUUUUUUUUUUGCUCAGAGAGCAUUCUAGCUCUUUUUGUAUUUACCCUUUCAAAUGGACCAGAUAAAGGGAUGAUUAUUCCUGUUGGCUUACCCUCUCCUUCCCAAGAAAGGCACCUGAGCAGAAUUCUUGUUGGGUACUCAUUUGCUGACACAUCACACAUACCCUGUGUCAUAUCCGAUUUUAUGACAUAAACAGUAUGUAUGACAUGGAAUCCUACUUUGGUAUCAUUAGGGACACAUCUUGGUUGAUACUACAAUACACUUUAUCAGCUACUUUCUUAUCUUACCACAUAAGUGGGAGAGAAUCAGUUUCCCCGUAUCUGUAAAUAAAAGCGUUGCCCCUUCCAUUCUACUGUGUAGACAAAUUAGCAAGUAUUUUACAUAAAGAAUAUCAAUGAAGAGUUUCUUAUUUCCUUUGGAGUUUGUAAAAAAAAUUGUUGUGAAAGAUGAGCUUGUAAAUACUCUGUUAUUCUAUUUUAUAGCCUCAAAUCAGAUACAUGCAAUCUGGGUAAGAUUUUUAAAAACAAAUACAUAAUGUAACAAUGUAUGCAUCUUAAUAUCUGAUACUGUGUCUGGGCUGAUUUUAUAAUAAAAUAGAGUCUGGAAUUUUAUAUUUGGUAAAUAUAUUAAAGACAACCAGAUGCCAGCAUCAGAAGUUUGAGAACUAACAGAAACAUCUAUAAAAGAUAUAAAAUAUUUAUUAAAAACAAACUCAAGACCAUUGUUUUAUUGAACAUAUUAACUUUGGUGUUUCAUACUUAAUCGGUAUGUUUGACAUAUUUCUCUUUUUAUUUUGACGAUGAACUUGCAUUCUAAUUCAGAAAAUUUAAGCAACUCCUACUGUAAUAAAUGCCAGUUCGCUACUCUUAUGGUUUUUACCACAUUAAAAUAUUAAUUUCCUGACUUAUACUAUAUGAGGGCGUAUGUCUUUUGAAAUGUUUCAAGUUAUUUAAAAACUAUAGGAAUGCAAUAUAUAUCAAAUAGAGUAUAAUACUCUUUUAACAGAGCUACAAUAUAUGAUGAUAGAAAUCAGUGAAAGAUUUUAAUAUAGCAUUGAGGAAGAAUUGUUGUCAGAAUGUUUAAGGAAUAAUUGAAUUAAGAUGGAAGAAAGCCUUGCUAAUGAAUUAAAGCGACAGUUAAAUGGGGAUUCAGUUUGCUAAUGUUACUUUUUCCUGAUUUAUGACAAACAAAAUACCAUCAAUUAGCAAAAGUCCAUUUUGGGAGGAGACAUCACUAUGUGUAUGUGUGCUUACAGUGUGUCAGUUGCUUACAGUGGAUUACACUAGUGACUUAGUCAUCAUGGGUUGUUUCUUAAACCAUCAAUAGAUGGUGAGUUCAGAAGUCAUUUGAAAUUUUCCAGGAUAAUUAUCAAAAUUGUAAGAAUUAACAUGUUAAAUGGUCUGACCAAUACAUUUAUAGUUUACCCAUAUACAUGUAAAACUUUUAUUAAGUUAGUUCAAAUUUGUGGAUUUCACAGCAAGUUGUCAGAAAAAGGAACACGGGCUGUUCUAGACAAUCUACUGCCUAAAUUAUACAAAUUCCUUUAAAUUAACUCACUUUUAGCUAUUUAUUAUUCCAAGACAGAUUCGAACCCUUUGUUGACACUGCAUAUUUCAGCAUUCUUUUAGACAAACUGUCCAGUCUCAACCAUAAAUGACAGUAAAAAAUGUCAAAUUAUAAGCUAGCAUUAUAUUAAAAUUAUACUACAAUUUUCAAGUAUUUUUUAUUGUGAUUUUUAUUAACUUUAGAUCAGAUUUCUUUUAUGUCCAGGAUUUAUCUAUUGUACAGUCUUCAAUUAAUCAGUGUUAAUUUUGUACCCAUAUUUUUGGGGGAUACUAUUUUUAAAUAUUAGAAUUCUCUUAAUUAGAAAGCUGAAUUUCUAAUUAAGAUUUCCUUUGUUUCUUACUCAUAAAGUAAAAUUAAAAUUGAUAUUUUUAAAAGUAAACUUCUUUGGUAUCUAAAAAAUAAUUUUGGGAAUUUCUAACUUUUACAAUGUAGACCUGCUAUUUUUCUGCAAGUGCUUGUGAAACUCACAUUGUAAUUUUUUGAAUAUUCUAAUGUCAUUUUUUAUUUUCUGAAGUUAUUUUCCAGUGCACUUGUUCAUAAAAUAUCUAUUCUGUAAUUUAGUGUUUGUUCAAAUGUAAUCCAGUGUACAUAGAAUUGGUGGUAGCUGAAGUGCUGUUUUUAUUGCUUACUACUUUUUUAAAAAUGUGAACCUGUUUUAAUUUUCUCUUGUUUUAAUCUGCUAAUAGAAACAAUCAUUUCUUUUAUCUGUAAAACAUACUUAAGAUAUUUGAUCAAUUAAAACAACUCAUGCCUACUUAA